AUGGUUGCAAUUUUUUUGUUUGUGAUGUGCUUACUAGUUUAUAGUACAGAAGCACAAGUUCAAUACAAGGUUUUUAAUGUGAAUGAUUAUGGUGCAAAUGCUGAUGGCAAUACUGACAAUAGUGUGAUAAAGGCAUUUUUGAAAGCAUGGAGUGAUGCAUGUAGAUGGCAAGGAAAGUCAACUAUUUUGAUUCCACAAGGAACAUAUAUGCUUAAAGAAGUUAUAUUUAGUGGUCCAUGCAAUGCUUGGAUGAACUUUAAAAUAGAAGGAACAUUGAAGGCUCCAAGUGAUCCAUAUUCAUUUAAGACUGAGAAUUGGAUAAAUUUUAGAUAUAUUAACAAAUUGAAUGUUGGUGGAGGUGGCACAUUGGAUGGUCAAGGAUCUUCUGCUUGGGAAACUAAUGAUUGCACUAAGAAUCCAAAUUGUCGCCCUCUACCUACUACAAUGAAAUUUGACUUCAUCACAAAUGGUAAUAUCCAUCACUUGCGCUCUAUAAACAGCAAACAAAGCCAUUUUGUGGUAUUUGGAUGUGACCAGAUGACAUUUACAAAACUAAGAAUAAUAGCUCCUGAUGAGAGCCCUAACACAGAUGGUAUCAAAAUAGGGAAGUCAAAAGGAAUAAAUAUCACAAGUGUGACCAUCGGAACCGGUGAUGAUUGCAUAGCUAUGCUCGCCGGUACGAGGAAUGUUUUGAUUUCAGAUGUUUUUUGUGGUCCUGGUCAUGGAAUUAGUGUUGGAAGUCUUGGUAAAAAUGAGGGUGAAGAAGAUGUUGAUAACAUAGUUGUGAAGAAUUGUACUAUUAGUGGCACAAAUAAUGGUGUUAGAAUUAAAUCAUGGGCUGUUCAAUUGAAGAAAACCUUGAUGGCUUCUAAUUUUCUCUAUGAAGAUAUUGUGAUGGAUAAUGUGCAAUUUCCUAUUAUCAUUGAUCAAGAUUAUUGUCCACAUUCUUCAUGUCAGGAGGAUUCAAGUGUACAAUCAAGUGUACAAAUAAGCAAUGUGGCUUACAAAAAUAUUAGAGGAAGUGGAAAUUCAGAAGUUGCAGCAAGUUUCAAAUGCAGUCAAAAUAAACCAUGCCAAGGCAUUACAAUGGAUAAUAUUAAUUUGUGGCCUUAUGCUAGUGAUAGUGGAAGUCUAAGCAAUGUGUGUUUAAAUGUUAAUGGUGCUUCUUAUGGCCAACAUAAUCCACCUUCUUGCAUAUAGUGCACCUAUUUCAUUUAGGAUU